GGGGAAAGGCACCAACCAGCAGCCGCUCCAGCCCUGCCGAAGUUUCACUUUUUGUCUGUGGGUUCGCUCCCGGGCCCCGCGCGAGCUUUCCCGGGACAAGUAGCUUUAGCGAGCCGGGGACAGCCGGGCGCUGCAAGCUAUUGAAGAGGAAACUGACUAGUGUGCUGGGGGAAGCCUGAAGGAAGACAGAGCAGUGCCUGCACUUUCAGAGCCUCUUGGGUGCCCUCGUACUCCCCGGAGACCUGCAGCAGGACCCCUGGUGGGAACACUGCGACUCAGAAACAGAACCAAAGACAGAAUCCAGUCAUCUGAUUCCCAGUCUUGUUCUUUUUUGGCCUUAUUCUACUCCUGGGCACUCAGAAGAGGGAAGGCAUUUUUCCUCAACUGACACUGCAGUUUGCUGAACCUUUUGACAACUGACUGUUCCAUAGGCUAACUGUCUAAGAUCCCAACAAUGUCUCACCCAUCUUGGCUGCCACCCAAAAGCACUGGUGAACCCCUUGGCCAUGUGUCUGCACGGAUGGAGACCACCCAUUCCUUUGGGACCCCUAGCAUUUCAGUGUCUACACAACAGCCACCCAAGAAGUUUGCGCCAGUUGUUGCUCCAAAGCCUAAGUACAACCCAUACAAACAGCCUGGAGGUGAAGGUGAUUUUCUGCCACCCCCACCUCCACCUCUAGAUGAUCCCUGUAUUAUUCCACCUGGUUCUGGAAACUUCCCUCCUCCACCGCCCCUUGAUGAAGGUGCUUUCAGGACGCAGGGAAAUCCUGGAGGCAAGACCCUUGAGGAGAGACGCUCCAGCCUGGAUGCGGAGAUUGACUCAUUGACUAGCAUCCUGGCUGACCUUGAAUGCAGCUCCCCCUAUAAGCCUCGCCCUCCACAGGGCUCUACCAGUUCAACAGCCUCUCCUCCAGUGUCCACCCCUGUCACAGGACACAAGCGAAUGGUCAUACCAAACCAACCUCCUCUAACAGCUACCAAAAAGUCUACAUUGAAGCCACAGCCUGCACUCCAGGCUGGACCCAUCCCUGUGACUCCAAUUGGAACACUAAAACCUCAGCCUCAGCCAGUUCCAGCCUCCUACACUACAGCAUCCACUCCUUCAAGACCUACCUUUAAUGUGCAAGUGAAGUCAGCCCAGCCCAGCUCUCAUUACAUGGCUGCUCCUUCAUCAGGACAGUUUUAUGGCCCAGGGCCCCAGGGCUAUAAUACUCAACCAUUUUCUAUCCCUGGACAGUGUCCACCUCCUUCAACACGAGGCGGCAUGGAUUAUACAUAUAUUCCACAACCAGGAAUUCAGCCUGAACCUGGGUAUGGGUAUGCCCCCAACCAAGGACGAUAUUAUGAAGCUUAUUGCCCAGCAGGUCCUGGCUAUGGGGUCAAGAAUGAUCCUGACCCAGCUUAUGGUCAACCAAAUCACCCAAAUACCUGGAAGCGGGAACAAGGAUAUACUCCUUCUGGAAUAGGGAACCAGAACCCUACCGGAAUGUAUCCAGUUGGUGGUCCCAAGAAGACUUAUAUCACAGAUCCUGUUUCAGCACCCUGUGCACCACCACCACAACCAAAGGGUGGACAAACAGGAUCAAUGGGACCUCCAGCUGCCCCCCCUUCAUUCCGCCCUGAAGAUGAGCUUGAACAUCUGACCAAAAAGAUGUUGUAUGACAUGGAAAAUCCACCUGCUGAUGAAUAUUUUGGCCGCUGCGCUCGCUGUGGGGAAAACGUAGUUGGGGAAGGCACAGGAUGUACUGCCAUGGAUCAGGUCUUCCACGUGGAAUGUUUUACCUGCAUUAUCUGUAGCAACAAGCUCCGAGGGCAGCCCUUCUAUGCUGUGGAGAAGAAAGCCUACUGCGAACCCUGCUACAUCAAUACCCUGGAGCAGUGCAGCGUGUGCACCAAGCCCAUCAUGGAGCGGAUUCUCCGAGCUACCGGGAAGGCCUAUCAUCCUCACUGCUUUACCUGUGUGAUGUGCCACCGUAGCCUGGAUGGGAUCCCAUUCACUGUGGAUGCUGGAGGCCUCAUCCACUGCAUUGAGGACUUCCACAAGAAAUUUGCCCCCCGAUGUUCUGUGUGCAAGGAUCCCAUCAUGCCAGCCCCUGGCCAGGAGGAGACUGUCCGGAUUGUGGCUCUGGAUCGUGAUUUCCACGUUCACUGCUACCGGUGUGAGGAUUGUGGUGGUCUCCUGUCUGAGGGAGAUAACCAAGGCUGUUACCCUUUGGAUGGACACAUCCUCUGCAAGACCUGCAACUCAACCCGCAUCAGGGUGCUGACCGCCAAGGCUUGCACUGAUCUUUAAAUCCAGUCACCUGUUUUGCUAGCUCGUUGGUGGUGCUGAAGAACAUAAAAUAUAAGAAAAGAAAUAGGGAAAUAGAGGAAAGGCAGUGCAAUCAUAAACAUGGGAUGGUCUUUUUCUUCAUCUACUAUUAACCUAUCUUUAGAAACACAUAGAUUAUGAGAUUUUUUAAGUACUUACCAAAUACACACUUCACAUUUAAUCAUGUUGGACCUUGAUGGGUCUUUGUUCCAAGGACUUCCACAUUUUUGCACAGAUUAUGUUCCAUCCCAUUCACUUCUGCAUUCCUGUAACUUGUAAUCCUUGCAUUUGUCUCACUUUUCAUCUGGUUGAAUGACUUUUUUUAGUGUGGUAUUUGUUGUCACACAGUUUUCCUGGGUGAGUCUGCCAACUCACAGGUGCUUUUAGGCUGGAAGGCCCUGUCCUCUCACUGCCACGAUGGCUGCCUGUGACCACAGAGGAUAGCCAUUCUCUUUCUGGGUAAUGAACAGUUGAUCUUUCUGUUAUUCUAAAUUAGUCAUAUACCUUGGGGGGGAAAUGCAUAAUUUAUAUGUCAAGGUAAAAAGAAUUUAAGAUGUAGACUGUGUAGAUUAACAAGCCCGGGUUAAUUCUAUAACCAUCCAAAUUCAAAACCUAGAGUGACCAGUUGAUGAGGCUCAUUUGAAAAUAGUUAUUGGUGCGACAGACCAAACUUCAAUCAUUUUCUAAAGAAAUUACUUGUGGGAUGUGCUUUAAAAAGCAUUCUGGGGGUAUAUUUGAAAAUUUCAUUAUUAUCCCAUAAUAUAUCCUUAAUAUUUUCUUUCUCUACACUACCUGGACUUAAUAGUACAGACAAAGUCAUUUUUCUCUAGAAUAGAACAUUUCCAAUACUGCCCCACUAUUCAUUUCAGAAAUAUUGCCUUUUUUUUUGUUUUGUCUUUUGGUUUUCUUUUUUUUAAUAUCUAAAAACAACUCCCCAAAUUGCUUUUUCCUUUAGAGGAAAAUAGCUACAAAGAACAGCUUGAAUUCUUUCCCCCACCCCCCAGGCUCAGGCCCUUUUUGCCUGACAAUUGCAAAUCAAGCCACUCAAGAUAUACAAAAUAAAACUGUGUAGUAUUGUUUAGUUUACUUAAGGAAGACAGGAAAGCUUGAAAAGAUUGUGAAACCCCAGUUUCAUUACUCUCAUAAUCCUUCUGCAACUCAAAUUACAUAUUGCAGGAGACAUUUUCAUAUCAUCGAUGUGACAUUUACACCACACUUUAAAAGACAAUCACUGAAAAAAAAAUUGCCUUUCUGAGCUAAAAAUAUUCACUGUCUCUGCCUGGAAUCUUUAUUCAAACUCUUAUUGGGCAGUAAAAUGCUUGCUUGCCAACUGCAGAACCACGCUUGCUUGGGUUGACCGUGUUUGCUAUAAAGAGACGUCUGUCUUAGUGGUGGGUUGACAUUUCAUAAAUUAAGUAUUUUGGAUUGAGAUUUCUUAAACCUUUCUUCAUAUCUUCCACAACUAUAUACUCUUAAAUUAUGAAGUAUUUUAAAUAUACACAAAAGUAUAAAUAAUAAUAUAAUGAAUCCCUAUAUACGUAACAUCAAGAAAUCAAAUAUAACAAAGAUAGUAACUUUCGCCUGUGUCCCCUCCCAUGAUUCCACACAUUUCUUUUUCAUGAUUAUAAAGUGACAAAUUCAGUUUUCUAGUCUGACUUUUUAAAAUUUUAACACCCAGAACAGAAAUGAAAAAUAAUUUGUGCCUAUCUUAAAUUGCAAACCCUGCCUCAAGAAUUUCAAUUACAUUUAUUUUACUUUAGUAGAAAUGAUCAUAAAUUGAUUCAUUUUUCUUAAUAAGACAGUUUUAGGCCUGUGAUCACUCUAGCCCAUCUAAGUUAAUUGUGGCUCAUUUGCUUUGGCCAUCAGUUUUGUUUGGGAACCACCAAAGUCCUCACUUUUCAAAGUUUCCUUUGACCACUAUCCUUUCCCUUAUUUCACAGCUCUUAUCCUUGAUCUGUUUCUCAUAAUGUGAAAUAUAGUGGCAUUCACUUUGAACAGCAUGCAAAUUGUAGGAUAGAGUGGCAACUGUAUCUCUGAAUUUCUGUCUUCCAAGUUAGUGGCCACACCAUAUCAGUGACCUCAAAAAGCUCUAUCAGACAUUUGAGGUGAUGCUAUGAUCUGCUUCAGUUGCUCAUUUUCAAUGACAUACUUGGUGGAAAUUGUCUUUAGGCCAAAAGCAAAGAGCCCAAUUUAUUGAGAGAUGGAUUUUAUACCUUGAAAUGCAGUCAUAUUAUUAUAAAUUUUUCCAAAAGAGGAAGAACUUAUGAAAAUAUUUAUACUGUAAAUUGCAAUAACAUUCUACUUGUUUGUUACAUUUAAGUCCUUAUGUAACUGAAUGUUUACAUGCCAAAAAAAAAGUUAUAAGAAAAUGCUGUCACAGACCUAUGACUGUGGCAUUGCCAGAACACUGCUUGCUUACAGUCUUUAUAGUACAUUUUUAUCACAUAACCUCAGAGUAUCUUUACCAAAGAUUUUUAAAGUAAAUCUCUUUUUAAUAUAGACUUAUUAUACUUUUAUAAUUAUGAAUGUGCACACAUACAUAUGCAGAAAUAUUUAGAUUUAGAUUUUUUUUCUCUCACAAGGUAUAAUAAGGAAAGGAUCCUACAUUAUUUUAUUCCAGGAUAUCCUAAAUAUAUGAUUUAUAUUGCUUUUUAUCUUUUCUAUUAAUCAUUUGAUAUAAACAAUGCCAAGUGACUCUUUACUGUUUUAGUGACAUGAAAUUUUGCCAAUACCAGAGAUAUAAAGAUCCUAUUAUCUUAACAAUUAUAUUUCUGUUGUCUAUUGAUAUGUCUUGAUUAUUAUCAUUUAAAUGCAUAAAUAAUAGAAAUAAAUAAUAGUGUCUAUAAGAGAAAGUUUGUAAAAAUAUAUUGGUUUUAAAAAUUGUCAAGAACCCAAUAUUUAGUAUUAUAACAUGAAAGACAUAGAAAAAAUUCAUGGGGGUGGGGAUCCCAUUAUGUCAUGGACUCUGCAGAUCAUUUCAAAAUAAUAUUUUGUCAUUGUUUGGAUCCCCAGGGACUCAACACGGAGUCUCCUUUGAAAGAAAUUCCCUUUAAAAGUAAAAAAUAAGUCAUGGGCCCCAGAAUAAGGUGUCACGAUGUUGACAUGAUCUGCAGCUCAAUGAUGUGGGUUCUUUUCUUGUCAUUAACAAAUUGUUAUAUCUGUUGGAGCAACUUUUCUGAUCAAAAUUGCUUCGUUGGGUGUGUGGUGAUUGUUGCAGUGGAGUUACCUACACGAUUGUUGUUUUGUCACAGUGAAAUUUUCUGCAAAGAUGUUUAUGGUGAUCUUUAAAGGGUAUAAGAAUCCAACUACAUUUAAACAUGUAUUUCAUAUUUUGCUUUGGAGGAAGAAAGAGAGCACUUUUACCAGGGGGCUACAAUAGACAGUUUAUGGAAUAUAAACAGGACUCUGAAAACACAAUUUCCAACAGUUUGCCUAGUUAGUUAAAAUCCUAUUAAUGUGAACCCGCCAGGAAUAACAGUGUUAUUUCUAUUUGAUAUGGUUUGGGCUUCUCUUGUCAAAUCUGUGUCGGCUGCCCCCUGAUCCCUCCAUUAUCAAGUUUUGAAGGGUGUUGGGGAAAUUAUGGCAGCUGCUAGGGAGAUCAGGGAAACACUGAUGUAACCUCACAGCCUCUCACCAUUCCUCUUGGCUUGGAAAGGCUUUUUUCCAUAUACAUUUCUAGAAAUAUUGCUAUUCUACCUUAGUAUUUCACAUUUGUAGUUUAAACAAGCGAUUGUCCAUCUGUUGCCUAGAGCUACAGUACAUGUGUGUUAUGAAUGAAAUAUGACAGCAUGUUCCAUACCCUGCUUUAGCCAUCUGUAGGCAACCAGUAGACUGAAAAAGAUAUACCUCUGCAAAAUGUGCCUCUAGUCCAUUUCUGAAGAUGGCUCUUUUAGUGCACUCUCAUGGGAGACAAUCAGAGAGCAGCAUAUAUCUGUGCCUUCUUUUUAAAGAAUCUUUACAGUACUAUGAAUAGAAGAGUCUAAAACUUGAAAGAGUCUGUAACAUAAAUACAACCCCCAGAUCUCAAGGAUGCACUCAUCAAAAUCCAGAGAUGUCUGAGCUCUUCAUCUUAAAGUAUUCUAAGAGUAUGUCAUUUCUCUUUUUGACUUUUGGAAGUACCUUAUGAACUCCUAGAUAAAGAAAAUAUUCUUAUGUUGCAGGUAAUGCAUUGAGUGCUGUUAGUGACCAUGUUUGGUUUUAUUCUAGUAUUAGUCAGAUAGUGUAGACAGAGACUUCAACUUGAGCCUUUGAUACCCAUCUGGAAUAUCUAUUUCUUUAAUUGCCAGUUUUUUGGCUGGUCUUUUUUUAAAUUUAAUAGUGGACAGAAGAAGUUGGAUUUUGUAGUUCUGAGUCAUCAUUAUGGUGUGCAACCAUGAACAUUUCAGAUCAAGUUAUUUAUAUAUAACUAGAAUGAAAUUUUUCUUAUGUGAGUGUGGUUAGCCUAGAAUACUAUUUCAAACCUUAAUACAAUUAUCUUAUUAAAGCCACUGGACUUGGUGAGAAUUCUUAGUCCCUUCCUCUCCUUUUUUCCCUCCUGCUUAUUUUCUUCUUUCUUUCAUGCCUCCUCUACCUACCUUUCUAUUUGAUAUGGUUUGGGCUUCUCUUGUCAAAUCUGUAUCCUUCUUGGACUUUUCAUAAAUAAAGUAAAUCAACAUGUUUUGAUCUUCAUAGAAUUAUCAUAUUACGGAGAAAAGACUACUACAAAAUAUAUGUGGCAUUAAAAAUUCUUCCGUUGAAAGGGCAUAUUUUUCAGAUUGUGUUUAUUCAUAGGGUAAAAUGAGAUAAUAGUCUUUUAGUUUUAUUUUAAUGAGUUUUCUUCAGGGACUCAGAUCAUAGAGUUCUUGGCAAAUUCAUUUAGGACUGCCCUACUCUUCUCAGUAAAUGAGAAGAUCAGAAUGAUCUUUUGAAGACUAGGUUAACUUUUUUUUUUUAACCCAAAGGCAUUUUCGUGAACAAUGCAAUCAUACAUAUUUUUUGGUAGUGUCGUGUUAUUUUUUCUUUCAAUGAAACUUGAUAAUUUUACUUAUGGCACAGAAAAACUUAUUCUUCCAGAUUUUUUACACUUAGGAGCAUUUUGCCCAUGACAGUAGGACCAGUGAUUUUCCUGGAGCGCAGAUUACAGGCCUGUCGUCUGUCUGUAAACACAACCUAAGAAGAACAAUCUGAGUCUCUCAGUAAAGCAUUUUGUUAAAAUUUUGCCUUAGGUUCUUUGAACUCUUGCUAAUCCUAAUUAGAAAAACAUGCCCUCUGUGUUUGUUUUUGUAUUUUUUGGGAAAAGUUUUUAAGACUGUAUUUCCAUUUUGAUUUCUACCCUUAUUUCCAUUUUUCAUAAGCUUUCAAAGUUGACAUUUUUCUUUUGGAGUAGGUCACUUGCAGAAAAUAAAACAUACUGAAUUCAAUAUAUAAAUGAAUUUUCCAAGAAUUAAUGAUAGUCUCAGUGAGUUUGUUUUUUUAUAUAUAGGCACAGUUUAUCUGAACCUGUCUCCAAGAAGAGUGGGAUGCAGGAGUGGAAGGAAGAAUUUGAAAGAAGGAACAAUCUCCUAUUAAAACUAUAGCGAAGGAGUUCUUUUUUGGUGUAACUCUAAGAAUGUUUGUGAGGGUUUUGAGAUAAGCACUGUAGUUCUUUUAAAAGUAAAAUAUUUAUAUUUCCAAGUUUAUGUAGUGUUUAAAAAUCACUCUGGUUAAAGAUAGUUUUCCCUUGUCUCAGAGAGCAACAUGGGUGCUACUACUGAGCCAGGGCAUGGCAUAGCAUCACCAGAGCCUUCACGAUUCAUGGCCUUUCACCCCCUCUGAAAGGGGCAUAACUCAUUCUCUCUCUUAUGAUGCAUAUUCUGACAUAUUCAUAGAUAAACUGCACUGUACCUGAAGCAUCUCUGGAGGUUAGAGGUUUCUAUUUUCUCACAUCCAAUAUGUUGUCCCUUUCAGUGUUCUAACCUGAUAAGCAGAGUAUGUAGGAGUUUUUAGGUCUUUGUUCUCUUGUUUAAAUCUCACGUCUUACCUGAACAGCUCUACAGUAAUUUCUACUUUCUUCCUGUAGGUACAAGCACAAACAACUAACUUUAUCUUAGUAACUUAAAAAUUAAUAUAUAAAGGAGUAGUUUUCCCUUCGAUAUAAAAAGGAAGGACACGUAUUCUUUCCUGUAAUUUACUUUCCUGGUUCUUGUGCAAAAAGUUACAGACUCUGGUGGUUUACUUUGUGCAAAGUUAUAUGGAGAAUGUAUUUGUAGUAAACUCAUUAACAGUUCCCCACUGAAGUACAAAAACAUUACUAAGAUCUUUGCUUUUUAUUUCUGAUUUUUUAAUUUAUAGCAGUCUCUAAGCACACUAAUAAAUAUCUCUAUUUCUUACCUUUGUUAAAAACAAAAAAUAUACUACAAGCAAAAGCUAUAAAUACUAGAAAGAGGAAAACCUAAAGCAAUAUCCUUUGAGAAAUGUAAAGAUGCUUAAGUUAAUAGUGUAUGCCUUUGUUAAUUUUUCUGGGGUAUCCCUCCACUUAGAAGCAAAAAAAAAAAAGUACUUAUCUAACGCUGAUAGACAUUCACUUAAGAUGCCCAAAUAGGAGCCUUAAUAAACAAUGCACAAGCACAUUAAUCAAGUUAGCACUGAACCCAGCUUCUAACUGAGUUGUCAACCCCAGGGUAGAAUGAUCUGCCAAGAAUGAGACAGGUGUUGCUGUGUCAUUUUGUGCUCUGCAAUAUUAUAGAGGGAGAUAGCCCACACCAAAAACCAGUGCUGUUCCUAGACAAACAGGAUACCAGGCCCAUUAUGCAUCUGAAUAUCCCCUGUUACUUUCCUAACAAGUCACUAUCGCAUAUAUUCUUAGACCUGACCAGUAUUUAGUACAGCAUUCCACUCUACCAUUGAAACAGUUCUUUUCUACAAAAGUUUUUCCUGCUGUUAAACCAAAGUAUGACUCCAGAACCAUGCAAAACAAGUCUAAUGUGUACAUUUUUGCCUCUAGAUCAGAUACCACUAACUCUGAACCUUUCCUUGUGCGUUCACAUAGUAUCAAGUCCAGUCACCUCGCUGCUUCUCAUUUGAACUGUUGAACCAAAAAAUAUUUUCUGUUAUUUCGGUCAACUUGAAAUUUAGCAAUCACCUUGUCAGACUAGGUGAAAACACUUUCUCUGGAGUUGAAAGUAAAUGGAAUCAUCCAAAGGAAACUGAUACACAAUGUGGAAAUCUGUCCCAAGGUUCAGUCCCAGGAGAAUGGGCACUUAAUGAGGAUAGACCUCCCAUGUGUACAAAACAGUCCACUUACUCUUUGUCCUAUCCUGUUUUUGAUGUUGCCAAAAUCAAAGUCAUUCUGAAAACAGGAAAUGAGCUCAUGCAUAUGCCAUCCCUGAAAUGCCCACUUCUGGUCAAUGUUCCUAAGUUCGCUUCAAUUCCUUUCCUUUAUCCCUGUCUUCUCAAGAAUAAGAUUUCUUGUUCAUGUUCCUAUGCUGAUAUGUAGAAAGAGCCCUGGACAUUUUUAGUUUCUACAUAAAUCUUUACUGGCUGAUUGGUUUUGAGAUUCACUUCCAUUCUUAUGUGCGCAAAUGUUCACAAUUUACAUCAAAGGAACAGCUUCUGUACAUGAUGAUAGAACCGUCUCAGUCCUUAUUUUCUCUUUGCUUUUGUCCUUCCAACAUACUUACCCUUUAAGCAUCCCCUCAAUGUACUAAUCAUCUACUAAUCACUAAGAAGAUAAGCCCCUAAAUAACUUGAUUCAGGCAACUGCAGUAAGAUCAAGCAUGUCUAAUCUCUAUAAAAAGGUAUAUAUCAUCAGGAAGAGUGGAAUCUAUGACUUUUCCUUCUCAUUGACUCUGAAUAUCUGGGAGUCUUUUUUCCCAUUAAGAAAAUUUCAAUAUAUGUGAUACUUAGAAAGGGUCUUCUCUAAAUAUAGCCUAUGCAUUCCUAUUGUUUUUGGUGUGUUAGAUUAUUUUUUUCUCUUCAUUUCUAAAUUAAGGCAAUGAAUCAACUCAAGAUUUUUUUUUUUAUUUUUUACCAAAUUUCACUCCUCCAUGAAGCCUUACUGAUACAACUUGGGAGAAUUACUCUUACUUAUGCUAUUUGCCUUUGUUCCAAGCAUCCUCUGAUAUUGAAGCAGAACCAGGAUUUAGGUCUUAUAUUCUCCUUGAUGCCACAGAAAACUAAUCUUUAGUAAAUACUAAAACAUUGCUUCCUCCUUCCAAAUAUAUUUAUUUUGUUUUUUGGCAACGUUACAUUAAAAAUUUUUGAUUUUUAGAUGAAGAUUAUAAAAGUCUUUAAAUACCCUUAAAAGUAGUUUGAAGGAUUUUUUUUUUUUUUGAGAGUCAGGUUUUAGGAUUUAUGUGGUUUUGUUGUUUUUACUUGUACAUUCAAAAGACAGACUGUUCUGACAGUUGAUAUGUAACUUCAUGCUUUCCUCCAGUAACUAACCCAUGAACAGCACACUCCAAUUAUCUGGCUUGCUGAUAAUGAUCUUAAAAUGUUGGGAAAUGUCACUAUGUGAUCACCACUUCUAACAAAGGGGAAAAAAAAAGCAAAAGAUAGUGGUUGUGUCGAAACUCAUUACUUAUCUAUGCAAAAGAAAAUCAUUCUUAGGGGAAAGGGAUAUAUUAUGUCUUUAUGUAGAUUGUAUAAAUUCUUUCAUAUUGCCCUGGGUUAUUAUUUGGUUCCAGUAGUAUGCCUUGGUCUUUGGGAGGAUAGGCUUAUGGCUUCUUCUACCACAAUUUUGAACUAGGGAGCCUUAUCGGCAGGACCUGUCAUCCAUCUCCUGGGCAGUGCCUGGGGGUGGCUCUCUGAACUCUAAAAUAAUAAUUCCUGAGAGAGCUUACAAACUGCUUUUGCACAUAAAACGGCCCCAGGAGGAAGGUUAUUAAUAGCUUUAUCCUAGAAGAGAAAGCUGAGGCUCAGCAUCGUUAAGUGACUUGCCACAAGCAAUACAGCUGGUUGGUGACAGAUUUGGGGACAUACCAGGUCUUGCAAGCAGAUUGGGGAUAUACCAGGGCUUCAGUGCUCUCUCCAGUGGCCAGUGCUGGGGCACAAAAUACCUCAGAGUACCUCAGUCUGCUUCUCACAAGCCCCUAUGCCCACCAUUCAUAGGCAUUAAGGAAGUUUCACGUAGACUGUUUAGCUCUCAGGUGGCAAAACCACACAUUACUGUGGUGGCUGAGAUCAUUUAGAGCUGUGUGCAUCUUCUGUGCCAUCUGUGGGAAACCACUAGGUAUGCUGACUGAUCGGCCCUGUGAUAAAGUCAGUACAGAAAGGCCACUGCUGAGAACAGACUGUGGCACUGAAGCACACUGCAGCAAAUUUCCCCAGUGAGAGUUGGUUUACUUUACAUUAACUGAAAAACUCUCUGGAAUUGUGAGAUUCAGAGAAUCAGCCAAGGCCGUAUCAUUCAGAAUUCAGUGGAGUGCUGAGUGACCUGAUCCUCAAGGCAAGUCUCUCUUGUUGGCUAGAAUUUACACCCCAUGGAUGCAAAAACUGCUAUAUGUAAACAAUGUAUAUUAUUUUCUCUCAGUGCACAUUUAUCGAGGCCCAAGUAUUUGUCACUGACUCAGGCAUUUUCCAACCAAUGUAUCUUGACAUGGAAAUGUCUGAGAGCAAAUGCUGGGCCCCUAGUUUCAGUCCUGAGAUUUGGUCUUUGCCAUUUGAUGGACUGGGCUCCCAGGCUGUUGUAGUUUGGGAUUGUGUACUUAACACAAAGAUUUUGGUAAUGUAUCAUUUCAGCUAAUGUAUGAUGAUUUUGGUAAUGUAUCAUUUCAUAUCCACUUAGGAAUCUCCGUGGAUAUUCUAAAAGCUACUCUGCAUGGCUGUUCAACAGCUAAUCAUUCCUUCUCUUGAGUGGACUCCUUCAGGAAAGUUGUGCCUUUUGACGUGUGCUCUUAUAUGUGUGUUAUUUCCUCCUUUCCUUAGAGCUAUUUGACUUGAAGUUAGAAUCUGUGAACUAAUUGAAAAAUAUUCUCUCUUCAUCUGAAUUGAAUUUGUAGAAAACCUUUAGAAAGGUCUUAUUUAAUAAGCUUUCUAGGCAUAUUCCCUCCCUAGUGUAUAACUUCCAUCUCUAAGGUCACAUCAUCAGCAACCGCUCAUCCCCUGGGAUUAAUGAGGACCACAUUACUCAUGACCGCUCACCCUUUCCACUCAUCACGUGUAGGAAAUACAGGAAGUACUGGUGGGGACACCCCAAAGUAAUAGCCUUGACUAUAGAGGCUAAUAGAGGACAGCAUUCAAAAUCCAGAAAUGUGCUUUAUCCGCAUGAGUGUUAUGACUAAAAAUUUAGAAAACAAUUCCUGUAGAGGAAAUGGAGUCCCUCUCCACCAGGAGGGAAUUUCAUAGAAAAAAGCAUUUUGAGGACAUUUCAGAAUUAUCUAGAUGAGUGUACCUGAGUAGACACUCACUUGAUGGAAAGUGUAACAUCUUAUUAGCAGGCAUAAAAGCACAGAAGACAGUGAAUAUGAAAAAGAUGGUCUUUUUAAAAAUUAACGGGAAUCACAAACCCUAAUUUAUAUUUAUAGAGUGGAAAGGAAAUAAUAAAAGUUUUCUUCAUCCUAUACUAUUUAGUCCCCCGUAUUUAGGAAAAAUGUAAUUGUGUUGUCUCUAAAAUGCACAUCUGUGCCCAUGCGUGCUCACACACACACACACACACACACACACACACACACACACAUCUUCCAAGAAAGCUGAUCCUUCAAAAAAGAAACCUUAUUUUAAAAUAUGUGGGUUUUUCAGGCUAGGAAAUUAAUAAUUCCUAGACCUGACCCAUUUUUGUGGCUGCCAGAAAGGAAAAGAAAAAGCUAUUUAAAUUUUGUAUGGAUCCAUUUAUCUCUUAAAAUAUGCCAAAGUAGUUUGAGGUAGGGGUGGAAACUAAGGUAUUUAUCUCCCUUGUUUGAUUCUUUAUAUUUCUAUCUUUUGGGAAAGGAGUGAAGAACUAUUCUCAGGCCAUUAUUAUUGAUGCAUUGUAUUGCCACUUUAUGCAGUGUCUGCUUUGCUUCAAACUGAGAUAUAAGAAAAAUAGUUGCUUUCUCUAUUCCAUUUUCUUCAUCAAGAGAGAGCAAAUAUGAAGCCUGAAUGUUUUUCCUGACCAAAUUAUUAAACUCCCUUUCUGAACUAGCUUAAGGAAAUGCAAAAAAGGAUGGUUAGUUUUUCUUGUAUGUAUACAUGUUCCUUUCUUUUCUUUCUUGGGAGACAAAUUAUAAAGGAAAAAAAUUCUAGUUUCUUCUCAUCUCUCUCUCAAGAUGACAGCUGAUGAUCACUUAGUAAUUAUAAAUCAGAAGAAGGAGAAUAGCUUAGCCAGGUUAUGAUGCCUCUGCCAAUGAAUAAAAAGAGAUUUUUAUCAUUUAAUGCCAACAAUAGGAGUGACUUCAUGUUUUAAAAGGGGAUUUGAUUUUGGGGCAGUGUUUGUGUUUUUCUAACCUUAGAUACCUUCUGCUCAGUUUUUAGAUGAAUGUAAGUCCAUCAUCAUCAUCGGAGUGAAAUUGCCCAAAGAUUUAAUGUGACUUAGGAACUGCCCCCUGCCCCCCAACUAACUAGCAAAUAACAAUUGGUCAAGAUUGUGAUGCUCUUCUAAUUCAUCUGAAAUGUCUGAACUGAAGUGUAUCUUUCAUGAAGAGGGAUAGGGACCUGGAAACUAAGUCUUAUCAUCAAUAUUUAUAAUGAAAUAGUUGUAAAAUCAUGUUCAGUAACUUUUUCCUUUCACUACUCAUUUAUUCUCUUUGGAAAGCUGAGGAAGAAAUUAUCCAAGAAAUAUUUACUUAUCAUAUAAUGUCAGAAUAUUACACACACACACACACACACACAAAUAUCUGAAUUAUGCCUUCAUUCCUUUUCAGGAAACAUAUCAAAAACAAAUUGAAUAAGAGAUGACACUUGAUUGUCUGAUUCUUUAGCAUGCAUAAAACUAUCAUGUGAUUCAUGAUGCCUUAAGCAAAAAUUUAAACUCAGAUGCUAAACUCUCACAGCUGGCUGUAUUGUCAAACUUUUGCCCUGUUAUCUAUGCAAAAAAUUACGUUUUGUUUUGACUUGUAAACUGUACCUGCACUGUUUGUUUAACAGGUUUGGGGCUCUCUCUUUCCCACUGGGAAUAUGUGCAAUUAUGAGAUGCACCCAAAAAAGGCAGGGAAAGAACUUUCUGAGGAACAAAUCUACACCAUGAAGAUGUAGAGCCCACGGGUAGUCAUUUUCUCCGAGCUGCACAAACAAGCUUUUAUUUCAUGGCUUUGUCACAGGCUUUUCUCCUUCUGUGCCGUCACCUUUGAGAAAAAUGACUGCACCUUCUCCAAGUCUGCCUUUUUAACAGCUACAGUUGAGUUGGCAAGACUUCCCCAGCUCUGAAUAUAGCCAUUUGCCGACUCCGGCCUCUUUGCGAGACUGACUCAAAUCUGUGAUCUUCUGUUCAGCACACACAUCAGCAAAGUGAGAAGAUGAGCACUAAAUAUAGGCUCUAUUAACUAUACUUUUAGCUUUACUGCCUUCAAAAAGUGCCUAUUCUGAGAAACAUAAACGUUAUUCUUACAUAUGUAUGUACACACGGUACCAGAGUCAUACUGUGCAGCCUUGAAAAACAUACCAUUGAAAGGAGUAGGUGCUGAGAUAAGGAAGCCUUGCCAAGUGGAAGAAAGUCACUCAUUUCCAAUCUCCCCUUUCGAGUGGCACCGUGAAACGGGCUGCAAACACAUUCCCUGAGCAUUCCUUGCUGAUACAGCCACUUUAUAUUUAUAUCCUGCAGCAUGAUGGCAUAUUGCUGAGGUUUCCUGUGCUCUGCUUCAAGGGAAUAUAUGCUUUGUGGAAUUGGAACAUUUAGUCAGGAAAAAAAGUUGUUUAAGAAUUAAUGAGCCAGGGUCUGUAUUAGGAUAUGUGUCAUAUGUAUGUUUUAUAAACUAAGCAUUGGUGGGUUUAGAAUGUCAGCACAUUUCUUUUAUCUCUCAGGCUAACAUCAGUGAAAACUAAAGAGAAGUCUUGGCUGUGGGAAUUGGAGGCUCAGGGGGCCAAAUGUCCUUGCCAGAUCCUUAGAGCAUCUUUACUUUGACUCCUAAAAAUAGUAACGCAUGUUAUUUAAUGGCUUUUGUUUCCAUCGUUCUGUGGCUGACAUGAAACUAAAUUCUUUUGAUGGAGCAGCAGCAUAGUCUAGAACAAUGGGUUUUUACCCAGUUGUGUAUGCGGAGAGGGUCCAGGUAACAGGACGAAGUAGAUAGUGCAUGGUUUUAGGAAAAGGGUUGAAGGGAGGACGUGCUUCCAAAAAAGAUCUUUCUCAAUGUGUCGUCUGACUCACCCAGCUGGCAAAUUCCCCUUGCCAAGUCGCUCUCUUUCCUUCUAAGUCACUUGGCUCCAGGUUGACUUGGAUAUGCCUCUGCUUUGGGAAAACGAGUUAUCUCCGGUUAGUCUUUCUCCAAGGAUGCACUUGAUGUGCUCUUGGUCACAAAGUCAUCUCCUUUCCCAUCUCGUUUCACCAAAUGGAAAUAAAAGGGGUCAAGCUAUGGAAGGUGCCCUCCACAUCCUUGCUAUGAGCUACCAUUCUGCUUCCCAUCUAAGAAGCCCCCUGGCAUAAACCAGGGCUGAGUAAGGAGCAGAUCUGUGUUUUGUGAUCUCUAGAUUGUGGACCACCCUGCUUUCGUUAGCACUUUGUGAGACCAGUUGUGUUUUUGGAAAAAGAGUGAUACUCCUCACUAAAACUAUCUGCUCUUCCUAUUGAUGUUCUUUCACUGUUUUAACAUUAUCUAAUUUCAGCUAACCAUUCUCUAAUGUUUUAGCGAAGGGGAAUUUACUGCCAGAUAAGAUUUCAAAAUCUAUGUGCCAUUUCAGAAGGGACAUUGGGACACAAGGUUAUCUCGGAAACUAGAUAUACUGAGAAAGGCAAUAGCACUUUGGUCUGGAUGUUAAUCUGAUGGUGACUGGGUGUUAAUCUGAAGUGUGGGAGAUAGUUCGAUGUAUACAUAGAAUCUGCAUGGGCAGAUUAGCAGAAGGAGGAGAUCGGGAAAAGUCAGUUUUAUCUGUUAAAUGUGUCAAAGAGCAAGGUCUUCCCAUUAAGUACCAUCAGAACCCCACCAUGGUCAGCUGCUAGUCUGAAUAAUAUUCCCUGAAUAAGGGAAAUCCACAUGACAUGGACAAUGUGACUUUUUUCAUGUGACACUGACAGAGCCAUAGUUUUCCUAAAAGAUACAGAUUUCUCUGUUAUAUUUUUCUUAGCAAAUUGCAUUUCUCCAUCAUGAAUCAUCAAUGACAUAUUCAAAAUAGCCCACAAGGUUUCUUAUGAAAAUAAGAGAAUAAAACCUGACAUAAGCAAAUGAUUUGGCUAUUUUUCUUAUUGUAUUUAUACAUUAGCCUCCUGUAUUAAAACAUCUUUCUACUUUCAAUUUUUCUAUCAAGGAUGUUUUUAAUGUUCUAUAAGAAUAAAGAUGAAAAAUCACAAUCCUUUUUUCUGUAAAAGAACUCUAUCAUAUUUAGAAAUCCAAUAAACUUCUUACUAUAUUUACUUGGCUAUGUAUGGAAUUCUUUUUGAGUUAGAUAAUCCCUCCUUCUUUUCUAAUCCCUUUUACUGUGAUUCACUUUUAUACAUCACUUGCUUUCCAUAUGGUAAGGGAAGGUCUCUCAAAGCAACUACGAUGCCAGCAAGGGUAUGUAGUGCCCACUCUUCCCCACUGUCAGCCUAGAGAGCUAAAGGUGGGAUGCGUUCUAAAAUGACUUCAUCACUCUCUCUUAUACUUGCAAGUGAAGAAUGUUCCCCUUUCAAAGCUGGAGCCAAGUAAAUAUAUCCCUAGGGGCGAGGGGAGGGUACUCUACUCCCUUCACCAACAACUGACAGGAUUUUUCAUACUUUUAUUCCACCUUCACUAUGAAUAUUUUUCAAAAAUUGAGUAGAGGUCUGUACUAGGCACCUUGAGGGAUAUGGAUAUAAAUCAGACAUAGUUCCUGCUUUCCAGGAGUCUAUAGCAGAACUGAUAGUUAUGGAUGUAAAUAAUCUUCUGGAAAGGAAAGGAAAAGUAAAGGGAGAGGAACGUAACAUUUUUGAAACUUUUUAAUUUUUAUUACAUCAUUUCUAAUAAUCUGUGAUCUGGAAUGCUUAUAUGUAUCCUCAUUUUUUUUUAAGAUUUAUUUAUUCACGCAUACAAGAGCCGGGGUACAGGCCAGAUGCACAGAGGGUGAGAGGAUUCAUCAGAGACAGAGCAGGAAACAGAACAGGCAGACUGAGGAAAUACACUGCUGAGGGGAGCAGCGGGACAGACAGGAGAGGUCUGCUCGCCAUGUGGGAUUCUUGCCAGCUGACGGGGAUGUAAGGGAUACUGCAGAGGCUACAGACAGCUUCACAGUGCUGCGCUCAACUGCCCGUGCCACCAGGGAAGGCGUAUCCUCAUUUUAUAGAAGAAAAUGCUGAGAAUGUGAGAAUGUUAACCUAAGAUCACCAUUCUUUGAAGAAGCCCUAUUUUUUACUUUUUUAAGUAGCAGGUUUGCAGGAAAACCCAGCACUUCUGACUCCCUGUUCAGUGGUCUGUCUACUAAACCUUAAGAGUGACUAGAGCACAAUGGAAUACUACUCACCUAUUAAAAAAAAAAAAUGAACUCCUUGCAUUUGCAGUAACACAGGGCUGGAGGGCAUAAUACUAAGUGAAAUAAGUCAGGUGAAAGACAAAUAUUGCACAGUUUCACUUAAAUAUGGAAUGUAGAGAAACAAAACAAUGAGUCAGACAGAACCAAACCAAUAACAAAUCCUAGAAGCCUGACUGUAGAAUUCAGACGACCAGAAAGGGAAGGGGAGGUUGGAGAGCAGGGUGUGGAAGGGUCCCGAUCAGUUAUGGUGAGGACUAUGAGUGCCUUGGUGGUGGGUGUGGUGUGGUAACACACAUAUGAAGGCGUGUGAUCCUCUAUGUCUUAAUUAUACAGUGUUGCUAACCAAUGUUACAUCAAUAGAAAAAAAAUGAAUAGUUACUGCUCAUACAAAUAGAUGCUGGAAAAAGAAGAGACUAAAAACUUGU